UCUCGAGAUAAAUAGAGAAAGAGAACACAUUAUCUUCCUUACUAGGCUUGGUUUCAUAAGUUGCAGUUUAUCAAUUAUUAGAACAAUUUUAAGAAAAAAAUACAAGUAAAAGAAUCCCUAUUUGUUCUCUCUCUCUCUCUCCCUCUCCCACCAAAUAUCUAUCCCUCCUUUCCUUUUUACACCAUCCCCAACCUACAUAACCCUAGUAAUUCUCUCUCUCUCUCUCUCUCUCAAGAAAGUGAUACACCAAAUAAGCAAUAAAGAUUGAAACUUUUGAGGUUAGAGGGUCACGCACACGCAGAAAGGGGUUUGGUUGAUUAAAUAGUUGACACACCUUCCCUUUGAUUUGUUUGUUUAUUGAUGGUAAUUCAUCUUUCCUUGAUUCAGUUUUUCAGUCCAAGAAUCAUGAUGAUCCAAAAAGAAAAAAGAUAGAGAAACACACACACACACACAGUUGGAUGGCUGGCACAAGUGGUGAGGAGAAGUUGUUCUCCUCCGCCGCAAACCACCAAAACAUCCUAGUGUUGGAGGAUAUGUACAGCCUGGCCGGCCUCUCAAAUGAAACCAUGAUGAUAUCGCCGGACGAUCCAUGCGUUUUCUCAUGUGAAGGAAACGAGAGGCCCAGCCAAGGCUUCUCUCUCUCCCUCAGCUCCUCCAACCCUUCCAGCAUCGGCCUGCAGGCGUUUGAGCUCAGAUUCGGGCCGUCGAGCUCCAGAUCGGUCAAUUUUGAGCAGCCAUACUCACAUCCUCUCAACAACUCCAAGUAUCUAAGCCCCGCGCAAGAGCUUCUCUCUGAAUUCUGCAAUCUCGAAAUCAAUCAACACCAGAUGAAGCCGCCGAAGAGCGACGAUGAAAAGAAGUCGGCGCCGACGCCCUCCUUCUCCCUCGACCUCCUCGAGUUGCACACAAGGAAAACCAAACUCCUCCAAAUGUUGGACGAGGUGGACAGAAGGUACAAACACUACUGCGAUAAGAUGAAGUGCGUGACGUCGUCGUUCGAGGCGGCAGCGGGGGGUGGAGCGGCCGCGCCAUACUCGACUCUGGCGUCGAAAGCGAUGUCGCGGCAUUUCAGAAGCCUGAGAGAUGAGAUCGUGAAGGAGAUAAAGGCGACGAAGAAAGGCAUGGGGGAGAAGGAGGGGGUGAAGGGGGAGACUCCGCGGCUUCGGUUGCUGGAUCAGAUGCUGAGGCAGCAGAAGGCUCUGCAGCAGAUGAGCAUGAUCGAGAACCAUCCCUGGCGGCCCCAGCGCGGCCUCCCCGAGAGAUCCGUCUCCGUCCUCCGAGCCUGGCUCUUUGAACACUUCCUCCACCCGUAUCCUACUGAUGUGGAUAAACACAUUCUAGCCCGCCAAACGGGCCUCUCCAGAAGCCAGGUUUCUAAUUGGUUCAUCAAUGCUAGAGUGAGGCUAUGGAAACCCAUGGUGGAGGAAAUGUACUUGGAAGAACUCAAAGAGAAAGACGGCGGCAGUCGGACUCCGGAUCAGAAGCCGAGCCACGAUCAGCUCAUGCGGAUGGAUUCCGAGUGUCUCUCUUCUAUCAUCAACAACAACAACGACGAUAAAGAAAAGAGCAAACUCCAAAAUCAUUUCGGUGCGAUGGAGCUCAAUUUCUCGUCGUACUCAGGCGGUGGCGGUGGUGACGGUGUUUCGCUUACGCUAGGGCUGCAGCAGCGUGGCGGAGUCGGUCUGGCGUUUUACCCUAGGGAUCAAAUGGAGGAGUGCCAAACGACGCCGUUUUCGCUGUUGGAUGGUGAGAAUCAGAGCUUCCAGUACCGGAAUUUGAUGGGAGCGCAGGCGCAGAUGCUUCAUGAUUUAGCUGGUUGAAAAAUUGCGGAAAUGGAUUGUCGGUGGAUGGAGGGGAGGUUUUUUGAAGGCUGAUGGUGAUGGAGAAACUUAUGUACAUGUGGUAUACUACAUAAAAAAAUACUGGGAUAGGAAAGAUUUAUAUGCAAUUUGGUGUUAGGUAUACAAUUCGGAUAUUUCCUUUUACAUAUAUGUAUAGCUAGUGUGAUUUGCACUUCUUCUCUUCCCCAACUGCAGCAAUUUUUACUUUCCAUCAAACCUAAUUUUGUCUCAUAAUGAAAUGGUUUAUUUAAAUGAUUUAUUAUUAUGAUUUUAAUUUUCUUA